CAGGACGCGUCUCAGAGUCUGGCCCGUUAGAGAGCAGCGCUCCCCUUUUCCACACCCCCGCUCGCUGCACAGCCGCAGUCCACAGCAAUGCUCCUGUAAAGCCUCUGCUCUGCUUUCCCUGCUCUCCCUCUGUGCUUCAGUAAAGACCCAUCCACCCCCCGGUGCUACAGUGCUGCAUCUUCAUCUGAUCGGGGCUCCGCACCUGCCGCCAUCGUUAUCAAUAGCCUAUAAUGGAAAUACAGCAAGGACGCACUUUUAUCUAGCCUUACGCCGCACCACGGAGUCAAGCAUCUACGGGUUGUGGCGAAGAAGAGGCUAUCGGGACCAUUUCCUCUUAUGGUGGGGUGAGAUACGUGUACAAUGUACGGGGGGCACAAUGAGUGACGAAUACAAGGCGUCGGUCACCCCUAGCUGGCUGACCCCUGACCCCACAGCCUGGUCCAGCAGCGGAGACGGAUUCACGGACAACGCCACCUACUCACCUCUGGACUCCUUUCCCCCGGUGCCCCCUCUCCUGGUCAACCCCUGGGACAUCUUGCUGUGCUCCUCAGGGACCCUCAUCGCCUGUGAAAACGCCCUGGUGGUACUGGUGAUCUGGCAGAACCCGUCUCUCCGAGCCCCCAUGUUCCUGCUGAUCGGCAGCCUGGCCCUGGCUGACCUCCUGGCUGGUCUGGGCCUGGUGCUCCACUUCACCUUGGCCUACCUGCUAAGGUCCGACUCGGCCCAGCUGCUGACUGUUGGUCUGGUGGUGGCCUCCUUCUCAGCCUCCGUCUUCAGCCUGCUGGCCAUCACCAUAGACCGUUACCUGUCACUCUACUACGCCCUGACCUACAACUCAGAGCGCACCGCUGCCUUCACCUACACCAUGCUGGUCCUCCUCUGGGGCCUGUCUCUCUGUCUGGGCCUACUUCCCGUCACGGGGGUGAACUGCCUGACGGAGGAGUCGACAUGCAGUGUGGUGCGCCCGCUGACUAAGAACAACGUGGUGGUGCUGUCCGUAUCCUUCCUCCUGCUGUUCGGCCUCAUGCUGCAGCUGUACGUGCAGAUCUGUAAGAUCGUCAUGCACCACGCCCACCAGAUCGCCUUGCAGCAUCACUUCCUGUCCACCUCGCCCCACUACGUCACCACCAGGAAGGGCGUGUCCACACUGGCCAUCAUCCUGGGGACGUUCGCCGCCUGCUGGAUGCCCUUCACCGUCUACUCCCUCGUCGCCGACUACACGUACCCGCCUCUCUACACCUACGCCACCCUGGUGCCCGCCACCUACAACUCAGUCAUCAACCCAGUGAUCUACGCCUUCAGGAACCAGGAGAUCCAGCAGGCUCUGUGGCUGGUGUGUUGUGGCUGUAUACCGGCCAGGGUGACCCACAGGGCACGGACCCCCAGCCACGUCUGACACAGACCCAGGCCCUGGGAGGGAAGGAGAGAGGUGACCUGGGCAGAGGAAGGCAGACAGGCAGGCAGGCAGGCAGGGAGGCAGGGUUCAUGCUGCGUCUACUGCAUGGCUCUGUGUCUCCAUGGCUGGGCUGUAUCCAGGGAAGGAUGGAGGCAGCAGCAGGAGAAGGGGAGGUGGAGGGAUAAGUAGAGGCAGAGACAUACAGUAUAUGUCUUUGAGUAUAGGGCUUUCGCCCAUUGCCUGUGAUGGGAUUGGAGAAUGGAUGGCUAUGGAAGUGAGUGGUGGAGGAUUUGGUACAAAAGUGUACUGUAGGCCUACUGUACUACUGUCCCACCUUCUCUAUCUCUGUCUUCCUCGAUUAAAUAUAAAACAACAUCACAUGAUCUGACCGCUGCCACCAUAGGUAUACCACCCCCCCUCCACACCUUCACCCCACCGUUGGGUUUACGCGCCACGAGGUGUUCUGCAGAUGACUGGGAAAGGAUGGUCGCAUGGCGCUGCAGCAAAUGUAGAUUACAUAGAAUGAUGUAGCUUUCAUAGUUUUAGGCGCUUUUACUGAUGCGCGCUUUUUUUCUUCCAUAAAAGGAUUGAGAGAUUAUUCUAGACUGUUUAAACUUGUCCCACAAGUUAAAAAGCUCGUGUGUGUGCAAAGAGACAAUGUAUGUGUCCCAUGGACAGAGAGGGAGAGCAAGAGAAUGAGUGGAGAGGAGUAGUGGAGAGCGAGAGGAGGAGAGGAGUAGUGGAGUAGUGGAGGGAGUGAUGAGCAAGAGGGGGCGAUGAUCAAGAUGCAGACGUUUCCCUACAACGAAGCCGGGCUGCGGCUAGAGCAUCUCAUCUCGCUGCUGCACUCUGAACGUGCUUUGAAAGCUAAACAACCGCGAGAGGCUAAAAAUAGCCCCGGCGCUCUGUGAUCCACGCGCCCUGCGUCCUCCGCAGACACCGAGUAAAGAAACCAAGCCGAGGAGGAGGAGAGCGGGCGCUUAUCUUCCCUUCCAUCCAUCUUUCAAUCUCCAUCUCUCCCCAUUUCACGUGUGAGAAUGUAUUAUGAUGUUCUGUUUGCUUUACAUCCUGAGGUGACAACAGCCUCCAGAAGAUAAGUACCCUGAUUGCCCUACCCCCUGCGCGUGCCAAAUGCCCUUAGAUUAUGAUAAAACCUAUGGGUUUGAUCUUUUUAUCUCCGUUUUAUCCAGUCGCUUCUUCAUACAUAAACAGUUCAAUACUCAUAACUAACUCAUUCUGUAUUUUACGCACGUUAAGUAGGCUGACUUCUCUUGAAAGUAGAGGAGAGUGAAAUGUUCCCUCUGCAGAUCAAGCAGACAGUUAGACCGGCUGGGAGCUGUUGAAACUGAAUGUAUUGUGGGGAUCCUCGCUAUAUGAGCCAAGUUACAAUUACCACCAAGCGUGUUAACCCUAUUGGCACUAUGUGUGGGGUGUUUGCGUCUUACGCCAGAUACCCGCGUUUGCUUCCAGCUUCCUCUUUUUGCUACAUUGUUGUCAGAAGUGGGAUGGUGGCCGUGGGGCCAUCGGACUACACAGCCCGAGGUGUAUGAAGGGGCUGAGGUUAGUUAAAGCACGGGGAAGGCCAUCCCGUUUAGAGGGGGCAGUGUAGCGUUCGUUGCUAUAUGAACUGUGGGUGUUUGCCUUUCACUCCAGAGACUCGGUUCGCUUCCCACUCCCUCUGUUGCAACAGUAUUAUUAUAUUAAUUUGAUCUUUUAGCUUAUCCAUUAGGUUAUGAAUAUACCUGAUCACCAACCAACCAUCAACCCGCAUGUUGCAUAGGACUUUAAUGAAUACCAUUUCUCCUGAUAUUGCAACCUGGUCUCAGACCAUUGUGUAUUAUUCUGUAUGUAAAUCCAAGAUACUAAAUUUUGUGUGAUAUGUUACAUAAGACAGUCUUAACUCAAAGACUGCGAGUUUGAAUAUCAUCACUGACAACUUUUCAACUACUUACUACUUUUUAGCUAAUUUCCAACUACUUAGCAUGUUAGCUAACCCAUCAUCUAAUCCUAACCAUAGCCCUUUUAGUUAACCCUAACCUUAACCCUUUAACCUAACUCCAAAACUUAACCCUAACCUUAACCUUGACCCCUAGCCUAGCUAGAAUUCGGAACAUAUCAUACAUUUAGCAAAUUUGUGACAUAUUGUACAUUUGCAAAUUCGUAACAUAUUGUACGUUUUGCAUUUUCGUAACAUAUAAUACAAAUUGUAAUUCGUAACAUAUUAUACGAAAUAGGGAUGGACAUCCACAAAGUAAUAGAGUGUUGAUUAUCAAUAAUCUAUGUGACAGACCAUGGUACAAUAAGUGUAUUUAUUUUAAAUAUUUUAAUCUUUGGAUAAUGAGAAAGGAGGAGAGCAGUGACACAUCUUGUUCUUCCAGUUAUGGAUGUCUCCUGCCUCCUAGAUCCACUUCCUUACCAUGGCUGACAAAAGCCCAUCAACACCACCCCCUGAUUUAGAGCGGUUGGGUUAAAUACAGAAGACACAUUUCGGUUGAAGGCCUUCAGACUAGGUAUCCCCUUCCCUUGAUCAUAGCCAGCGGUGCGGACGUCACGCUGCUUGCCUAGCGAGUACCAACGACUUCCUUCUGAUUCAGCUCAUAAUGAGGUUUGAACUCAGGACCUCUGCCUUGCUAGCACACGUGACCACCCUCCUUGACAACCGUUUGAGCGGAAAGUAUCUAAGCCGAUAGCUCAAUUUCAAGAUAGCUGUGGAGUGAGCUUACGGGUACAUCCUUAAUACAUUCAGCCCUUCUAAACUCGCUUCGUUGCUAACAACCCGGCCUUGGAGAUGAGCCCAACUGCGGAUCAUGGCACCACUGUUAUGGACGUCGCGCUGCUUGCCUAGCAAGUACCACUUCCUCCUGAUUCUGCUCACACCGAGGCGCAAACCCAAGACUUCUGCUUUGCUAGCACACAUGACCGCCGCCGUCUUUGACAACAUACCAGCCAUUUGAGCUAUCAGAAUAUAUCUAAUUCGAUAGCACCAUCAGCGACAUUUCAAGCUAGCUGUGGAGUGAUCUUAUGGUUGUUUUUAACGCUGUUACAGCAUCGCCCUUCACACAUUGCUUGUUCAUGAGGGUCAAUCGGCCCUAGGUCCUCAUUCUGCCCCGUCAUAUCAGCCAGCAGCAACAACUAAGUGUUAGUUACUUCAUGGACCGAUAGCAAUACUCUGUCAGCAAUAAGCAAUGAUGCGUAUAAGCCCUGGAUGACUACCAGGAGGCGUUGUAUUGAAGCCACCACGCAGUCAUCUUGGUACUCCCCCUCCAGUGUGAAAAAUAUUUAGGAAGACAUAGAAAUGCAUUUAUUAAUGUCUACAUUCGUUUCUGAUAAGUUUAUUAUAUUACAGACACCUUCAUGCAUACUUUAAAAUAUGUGAGCUAAACAUAAAAUAACAUUUUAAAAUCCUUAAAGUAUUUUUUUUAUUACUAAUGUUACUGUCCCGUCUACGACAAAACAAAUACUUAAAUGCAUGUAAUUUUGUCCUUGAAACAGUUCAUUGAAAUACUGUAGAAUUCCAUUCAUUUCUAUGGAGGACUGCUGCUACUAGCGAGGGCCAAUAUUGCCGACCGGUGGCUUCAAAGCCUCUCAAUGGCCAAGACAUAGUAUCUGCAAUCCAGGGUUUAUAAACAUCAUUGGCAAUAAUAGCCUCUUCACAGCAGCAUGACCACCUCCAGCAUGAUGAUAUACAAGGACAAUGAACAACAGCCCUUAUCUACGAUGCCUAGCAGAGUACUUAUACGACCAGGCCGAAAAGGACUCUGAACUUCCCCAAUAUUUGUGCCGUAUGUGAUUUCUCCAAAUGGGAAAUUAGAUCUUGACUUGUGUGUUUUGUUUUUGAAAAUGUGAAUGGGACAGGAUACUGACUGCCACCGUCCAGUAUUCUGUCAUUACUCAUUACAAUGUCACUGCCUCCUUUGAUCUGAAUCAACUGCUGUAUUCUCUGGCUACGGUCCUCUUCAAUAUCUUACAUUGAAUGAAACCCGGACUCUGUGAGAAAAUAUCUCACCGGUUUUCAGUUGCAUCUGCCUUUGUGAACAUAUUAAGUGUUUUUGAGUGUCGUAAACCUAAGUGUCUGUGAAUAAGGAAAAUAUUUCUGUGCAUAUGAGUUGCAUGGCCUCUGAGUGUGUGCAUUUGUGUAUGAUGUGUGUAUGUGUGUGUUUGUUUGUGAUCAGAAGCACAGACCUACUGUAUAUCUGUCUCCAUGGGGACAGUAGAUCUGAGGAUUUACUUUCUGCGUGACCCUUUCUCCUCAGGGGAAAUGGCUGCCAGUCUUCCCAUCAUUCUGAGAGAAGUGGCCUCAUCACACAAAUUCCACCAGAGGAAUGACGUAGAGAAGGAUAGUUCCUGAUGUGUUAAAAUGAAUAGUGGAGGUGUGCAGCGGCUGACCCUGAGCAGUAGUGUGGGGCUAAGGCAAUGAGGUCACGUGACUGAUGGAAUAAGAGCUCCUGUCAUAGAGCCUGGUAUCACAGGUUCUGAUGGCUCUUCACAGACCAACAAGGCCAAGAAGACAAUGUCCUUUACCUUUGAUGAAUAAUCUAUUUUGUUAUAUUUAGUGAAAGUUUCUAUAUUUUUUUCUAGCGUUGUCACGCCUGAAUUCUGAUUUAUCUAAAGUAUCUUGUAUUUUAAUGCGCUGUAGAGCCUCUUCUGAAUGUAUUGGUAAAUAUACAUUGUUUAUUUAAUAUGGCAGCUUGUUGACCAAUUAGAUUCUGUAGAUAUAGCAUGCAUAUCUUUUUAUAGGGGUGUUAUGACAUCACGUAUGGUGCUACCUACUCCAGGGUCCAAGGGGGACUCAGGUGCACCAAUUUUGAGUGACAUCACAUUUUACCCCCAAUUACUGUUUUCUAAAGCCUGUUUACAUUUCAAUCCCUAGCCCCUUCCCCCAAUCCCUCCCCCUUCUUUAGGCAGAUCUGCAAAGUCUGGAUAGGUGAAAGCAGUAUGGCUUACACUUUACUUAGACUGUUGGAGGGCUAGGUGGAGCUGUCGUAGUACUUUCACCUAUCACAAAUCUUGAGGAUGUGCCGGACCAAUGAGCUAAGGGCUAGGGACGGAAAUGAAACCGUGCUUACCUUAUUUUUUGAAUGUUCUCUCAUGUACAGUAAUGUCAAUUGUUUAAGGCUCUAGGUGAGCUUUCAUAGUUGGGAUAGGUGCAAACAAGGGCUUCACAUUCUUGAGUAGACAAAGGAACCACUGGUGUGUGGAUAUGGUACUUUACUGUUUGAAUAGCAUAUUUACUUAAUGUUAAAGUAUUGUGCAGUGUAAUCGCACAGAAAAGUGUAAUUUUGAUUGUACAGAGGAAUUCACUUUCAUGUGGUUGGAGGAGUUUCUAGUGUGACCGGUGGGGUUUCAAGAGUUGUAGGUGAAUUAUGUGGUUUGGUACCCCGACCCAGAGCUAAAUACAAGUCUUUUAACUCCUCAAUGGCUGAGAAUGGGGAGGGAUGCUAGUCACAGCAUCUUGUGUAGACUCAUGCGUUGUUUUAAAUGUGAAAUGCACUUUAUGUUGUUGGACAAAAAAAUGGCACAACAAAUUAAGUAUCUGCAAAAUGAAAACUAUAAAUGAUAAUCAACAUGCACUAACUGAGAUAUUGUAAGACGUGUGAACGUGGUGUGUAUUUUUUCAAGGUGUUAGAUGUAAUUUUUUGUUGCUUUGGUUAGUUUACCGAAUUGAGAGAUGUUGUUAAUUUUGUAUUAAAAGAAUGUGCUGUGCAUUAAAAACACAAGCCUGUGUUGGUUUGUUUUGUUCACUCUGAA